AUGGGAAUGCAGGGCCCCUUAACUGCCCAAGCGCUUGGCCGGUCUCCUUAUGACGAUGUUGUUGAAUGGGAUGAUGAUCAUGACGAGCCACCAAAUACCAACGACUCUGGCCAACAAUAUGACCAUCGAGGCCGUCCAAUCAACCCUGAAACCAAAAGAGUCAACAGAGACAUCAUUCGUUCCCAUAAUGAAGUUAUGCUAGUUAUUGGGGUCGCUGAGCAAGAGAAUCCAACUACAAAUCCAGAGGCCGAGUCUGAUAAACGUCAUGCCAUGUAUGAGGAUGACGUGGGCACUAAUCUUGCCUUCUCAGCCCUUCGUUGCGUGGACGCUGCCGGUGCCUUUGGGCUAGAUGGCUUCCGUCAGCGAGUUUUGGUAUGUUUUGCAGACCCUUUAUGUCCCAUAUACUAA